AUGGUCGAGCAAGUCCACGUCAAGAAAAUCUGCUGUAUUGGAGCUGGGUAUGUCGGUGGCCCAACCAUGACCGUCAUCGCCGAGAAAUGUCCGCAUAUCACCGUGACCAUCGUCGACGUUAACCCCCACCGCAUCGCAGCCUGGAACUCGGAUGACCUCCCCAUCUACGAGCCCGGGUUGGAAGAUAUCGUCAAAGCCCACCGCGGCACAAACCUCUUCUUCUCGACCGAUAUCGAUAAAGCCAUCAUCGAAGCCGACAUGAUUUUCGUCUCGGUUAACACGCCUACCAAGACGCAGGGUUUGGGAAAGGGGUUUGCUGCGGAUUUGAAGUAUGUCGAGGCUUGUACCAGGCGUAUUGCGGCUGUCGCGCAAUCCCACAAAAUCGUGGUCGAGAAAUCGACUGUGCCGUGUCGUACCGCUUCCUCCAUGCGCUACAUCCUCGAAGCGAACGCGAGGCCUGGGUUGCGGUUCGACAUUCUUUCCAGUCCGGAGUUCUUGGCGGAGGGGAGUGCGAUUCGGGAUUUACAUGAUCCUGAUCGUGUGUUGAUUGGAAAUUUGGAUACGCCCGAAGGACAUGCGGCUGCGCAGGCCUUGGUGGAGGUUUAUGCCAAUUGGGUUGAUAGGAGUAAAGUCGUCACGACGGGGUUGUGGUCGUCUGAACUCUCCAAGCUCGCGGCGAACGCGUUUUUGGCGCAGAGGAUUUCGUCGAUUAAUGCCAUGUCGGCAAUUUGUGAGGCAACGGGUGCGGAUGUCGACGAGGUCGCUCAUGCAGUCGGUUUAGACACCCGUAUCGGCUCCAAAUUCCUCAAAGCCUCCAUCGGGUUCGGCGGCUCCUGUUUCCAGAAAGACCUGAGUAACUUGGUCUACCUCUGCCACUCCCUCCACCUCCCCGAAGUCGCGACAUACUGGAAAUCAGUCCUCGACAUGAACGAUUUCCAGAAACGGAGGUUCGCGCAGCGUGUUGUCGCGUCUAUGUUUUCGACGCUUACGGAUAAGAAGAUUACGCUGUUUGGGUUUGCGUUUAAGAAUAAUACGGGGGAUACGAGGGAGAGUCCGGCGAUUACUGUUGCGAAGUAUUUUAGGGAGGAGAGGGCGAAUAUCACGAUCUAUGACCCCAAGGUUCCUGAUCGCCAGGUUUGGCUUGAUCUUACUGAGCCGGGUGUGGUCGACGAUGAGAUUGAACUCCGCAAGACUGUCAGUAUCAAACACGACGCGUACGAAGCUGCGGAGGGCGCGGAUGCGAUUGUGAUUUGUACUGAUUGGGAGGAGUUCAAGAAUUUGGAUUAUGAGCGGAUCUAUAAGGGGAUGGGAAAACCUGCUUUCGUGUUUGAUGGACGGUUGAUUUUGGAUGAGAAGGCGUUAAAGAAGAUUGGGUUUAGGGUUGAGACGAUUGGGAGAAGUGGGGAUAAUGUUGGGCAGGAGUACCGUUUCUAA